AUGUCCAUUAGCAAUGGGAUUUCUUAUUUCUUAAGAAGAAUAGAUUAAUUUAAUAAGUCAGAUCAACCACAUGAAACAAAAUAACUAAUUUCAUUCUUUGAAAAAUAGAAGUAAUGGUUAGAAUGGAAAUUAGAAUGUGAUAUUGCCUUCAUAAUUGAUUUAACAACAAAAAAUGACAAAAAAAGGAUUAGAUUAUUAAAGGAACUAUUAGCAGAUAAGGAGAGGCAUUAAUCUAGAUUCGGAAUUAUAUAUCUCGGAAAUGAUAAAGCUUAAUUCGAUUUAAUAGAUGACUCCUAAGAAACAACUUACAAUCUGUAAAAAUAAUUAUAAAAUCUGAAAUUGGAUGACUGGAUAAACAUUUUUAAGGCUCUUAGAGCACAUAUAAUUUUCAAUAAAGAGUAAAUCUUACCUUCAAUUUAUAUUUUGAGUGAAAAUUAAUAAUCCUAAAAUGAUGAUUCGAUACUAGAAGUUGUUGAUAAUUUAUUAGAGGAUACUUGUUAGAAGCAUUCUCUUAAUUUCCAUUGUAAUAGUUACAAGUUAGAAGAUAAAGAGUUUUAUAGCGAAUAGGAACUAAAAUUAUGA